UGCAAAAGAUUAAAAAAGCUGAGUUACAAUUUUUAACUCUUGAGUAAAUUGCCAAAUGACUAUUUCAAGUGUUGUGAACGGCUAGUGGAACGCACCCAUAAAAUAAACUUCAACACCAUAAACCUGAGUUACUAGUGCGUGUGUUGUUUUAAAGACUACCUCAAAUAAGGUCGAAAUAAUAUUUAUUUGUUGUUUAUUAAGAUUAAAUAUUGAUUGUUAUUAGUGUUUGAUUACCAAUAUCAUAUUUUUGGUCUAUCUGUGAUUACUUAUCAUUGAAUGCAAACAAGGUGAUAAUGCCGUAUCGUUAGAGAAUAUCUUUUUUUAUUGCGUUGGCACUACUGAUAAAAAGUGAAUCAUAGAUAAAAAUAUACUUCCACUUAAGUCAUAAUUCACAUAGAUACGCUUAGUUAAGACUUUAUAAAUAGAUGAGUUUAUCUGAAGUGAUGUGAUUCCCCGCCCUUUUGUAAUCUAAUAAUUGUUUCAGAAUGUUAAAACUAAUCUAACAUAGAUCAUAAUACAUCAGUUAAAGUUUUAGUAUUACUUUAUUUGAAUAGUUUUAUCAACAAUGGAAUAUGAUUAUGAUUAUAAGUUUGCAUAUAAACAACACUUCGGCUUAUCAAGUUCAGAAAGUGGUUCAGAAAACGAGGAAACAUUUCAGAAGCUAUAUGGAAAGUACGAACCACCCCCUGUCCCGAUUGAUCCAGAUAAGGUUGUCAUUAUACAACCAGAAGAACCAUUAAGCGGUCCAAAUGAGCGUAAAAUUAGUAUCAAUACCAUUGAAUCGAAUUUAAAACCUAUUAAAAUGAAAAGCAAAAGUAAAAAAGGUAAAAAUAAAAAAACAAUUUCAGGCGAAACUCCUGUGAUAGAAAAUGUACAAUCUGAGAAAGAAAAUAAGGAAUCUAGAAAUUCUCUACCCUAUAAUCAAGUUGCAAGUCACAUUAAGGAAGUAGUGGCAAAGCAUUUACAUCAAACAAUUGCUGAUAUUAAUUUUCCAGCUCACAAUAAAUUGCAAUUUUAUGGAUCUACAUUAAUGUUUGAAAAUUCAAUAUCAGGUAUUGAUAGUAGAGUAGAUCAAUGUCUGUCUUCCAAAAGUAAUUCUGCCCAUAAUUGUCAGCUGAUCUCAUCUUCUACAAAAUCGGUAAACCAAGAAAUGAAAAGCAACCCAAAGAAGAAGAAAAAGAAAACUAAAAAAAAUAAUCAAUUGGAAAACCAACAAGUACUGGAAUCUGUAAAACUUACUUUUGUGUUAAAAGAAGAUGAUUUUCCACCUCUUGUACAAAGCAAACAAGCUUCUUGUAUUAGAAAGAGCAAAAUAAAAGAAUCAAACUGCGAAGAAAAAAAUUAUUCACAAAUGUAUGAUACAGAAAAUGAAAGUGAAAUAACAAAUCAAUCUCAAAAUUUUCUUGAUGAGGGAGUGAUAAAACCGGAAUUGAAGCAACUAAUUGAGUGUAAUUUUGAUUCUAAUAGCAUCUGUACAUAUGAAACAAGUAAAUCUCCAGUUUAUGAGGAUAUAAUUGAGAAACAGAAUAAUAUCCUCGAUAAUAUACUGAAAGACACCAGUUUUGAUUUUCUGAUUAACUAUUACGGUUUUUAUAAUAAUUCAGAAUCAGAGAAGCACUUGGCAAGCUAUAAAGUUGAAAAUAAACAGUUCAAAAAAGAUCUGAAGGUGAAAAAAAUUAUAAAGAAGGUUGUAAAACUUGACGAGGCUUGUAUUUCUGAAAAUACAGUAAAAACAACUGAUAGAAAACAAAAUGAUAACAUCUCCAGUGCCUUAUGCCUUAAACCAUCACCUGUUCCUGAAAAUAUUGUAGAGAAACCUAAAACUGAGUCGAAACUUGAAAAUAAAUUAACACAAAAUAAAAUAUUUGAUUCAAUUAAUGUCAAUAGUUCUGACGAUAUUUCAAGCUUAGGUAGAAAUGAUUCGAUUUGUCGCAAACACUGCUGUAGUCAAAUAACAGACAAUUUAUCAAUUAAUACACGAGACGUGGAUAUUAAUACUGAUGAUCGAAAGCUGUCAAUAGAGACCAACAGCAUUGGAAUAGGCACUUCCGAUGGAGAAAAAGAUAAUUGUGUAAUUAUCCAAAAUGUAGGUUGUGAUAUGAAUCGAAAAGGCAUCAAAACCCCGGAGUCCAUUUUGAACAUGUCUAUUAUAGAUGUAGUAAAUAAAUUUAUAGAGAUAGGAAUAUGUGACGACGAACUGCAUCCCCAAAUUCAGUUAGGAAUACAACUGAUACUCAUUUAUUUAAUAAUUAAAAUGUUUUUAUCUAUUAUGAUUUGUGCUGUGGAUAAUAUGAUCAUCUUAUGGAUACUAUUUUUAUUUAGAUUCCUAUUCAGGUGAGUACGUACUAAUUCAAAACUCAACUUACCUGUGAUAUUGAGGUUUAUUCAAAAAUCUGGUCCUUCGAGCCUACACGUUGUUUGUUGGUAUCCGGCUCGAAGGACCUAUUAAUAAUGAAAAUUAUAGGUUAGUUAGUUAUAACAAGUUACCCUCCAAUUUUUAUUAGUAUUUAUAUGUUUAGUAUUAUCUAUAACAAAUUGUUUACCAAAUGCUCAAGAUAUCAUUUCAUGUUAAAGUUUUUAUUAUGUUAUUGAGUCUUUAUUAGUUUAAAAAAAUGACCAUAUCUAUUUUACUAGUAAAAAUGAGAAGAAUAUUACAUAACCUAAAAAUAUUCACCAGUAAGAAGAUGGAGUAAUAUGAUUUUCUUUAAUGCACACUGCAUAUGGUCAUAACAUAGUUAUGUUAGAAGAUGAUCAUAUAUUGUUGUGCACAAAUGCCUUCUGAUUUUUUCAAAAACUAUCAAAUGUCCUUGGAAAGGCUGAUCAAGCUUGGAUUGAAUCUCUUAACGUCACUAAACAAACCUAAGUAAGGCUUUUUCUAGUGUUUGUACCUCACCGAUGACGUGGUCAGCUCCAGUUACAUUCCGGAUCGUUUGUAAUAACUUCCACGCCAUUCCAGAUUUUUUUAUAUUUUCAAGAUCGUUGGUGAUGGUGGUGGUCUGUUGCUGCCUUUGGAUAGUAGCCGAUUGAGUAAGUGACAAGAAGGGGAGAAACCUUUCUGAGGUCUUUCCAUCGAUAGAGAGUUUUGGAUAGAUCGGUCUUUGAGAAAGCUACAAUGUCAAAAGCCUUCGAUAUGUCAUGUGUGAUUGCUGUGGAUUCCCCAUAUUUCUUUAUAGCUUCAGACAAUACAUUGGUGACAUAGGCGAGGAGGUGCUCGGUUUAUCUAAGCUUACGGAAGGCGUAUUGAUGGUCGCUGAUGACUCAUGACUCAUCAUAUCUGAAGAUUUGUUAGUUGGGAUUAAAUCAAUCAGACAGUCAUUUUUAUCAUUUUUUUUUAUUAUGGGUUGAACCUAGCAGCCAUUUUAUUAUUAUUUGUAGGGUCAUAAUAAUGUGAUACACUUAAACAUUAACAAGGGGCUGUAAGUUAAGGCUGUUUUAUAUAUAUCAAAAUGAUCCUAUUUUCAUAUAAAGUUGGUUAUAACAUAUUUUGUAAUAUAUAUAUAUAUAUAUAUAUAUAUAUAUAUAUAUAUAUAUAUAUAUAUAUAUAUAUAUAUAUAUAAUUUACGGGCGAUGUGUGGUCGGGAAAUGGAAAGGGUACAAAACGGUUUACCUCGAUUUUCAGCAAAACUACAAGUCUUAUGGAAAAAGGACUUAUAACCCAGUUGUUCAGUUAGUUAUCGAAACGCGCGUCGGACAGUGUAAUUGCAAGUGUUAGUUUAGUGGUUGUGUAAACAGUGUGUUCAGUAAAAUCUUGUAUUGUAUUUCAAUUUUUCACAAAAAUUUUGAGGUUAUAUGAAAAAAGUGUAUAAACAAAAGUUGUAGAUCUUUUCAUUACCUACAAUUUUGUGAUUCAACUUCUUUCCAUAGGACUUGUAGUUUUGCUUGUUUUCAAUUUUUAUUG